GCGGCAGCUGUCAGAGGCAUUGUUUAUGUUUCGCACAACACGUGCUAACAGAGCGACGCAGGACCGGGAACCACCAAGUUCGGGGUUCGUACUUUUUUCUCCCCCAGCAGACUCGCGCGCACAAACAUAUACAAAACACGCACGCGUGACCAUGUGUGCCAAGGUGAGUAGAAAGGCGGACGCGGUGCUGCGCCGGAAGGCGGCGGCCACCGUCCGGAAGCCGAACCCGUUCGAGACGGUCGUGAUGAAGACGAAGCACGCCGUGCUCAACCGCGGCACACAAUCAAAGCGGCCAGGCCAGCUGCACCGUCUGUCGCACGAGAAGCGGGAGCAGACGCUCGGCAAGGAGUUCGCGCUGCUGCACAAGACGAACCAGUUUAUGGACGCGCGGCAGAACGGCCGGUACGCUCGGCAGCCGUCCCGCAAGGAGCAGGCGAAGGAGAUGUACAAUCUGAACCUGACGCACGGCGGCCGGACAAUGCACGAGAUCGAGCACCUGGACGACGUGCCGGACGGUGCCGAUGAGGACGAGGACGAGGACGGGAUGCUGCAGGAUGCCUUUACCAGUGCGACACACUUCGGUGGCGGUUCGGACGACGAGUCGGGCCGACCGGCCGGCAAGGACCGCAAGACGGUGAUCGAGGAGAUGAUUGCGGAGAGCAAGCGGCAGAAGACGGAGCGGCAGCGCGAGAACGACGAGAUGUACGAGAUGCGGCUGCGGCUGGACGACGAGCUGAAGAGCCUGAUGCCGCAGUUCACCGAGCACAUCCGGCGGGAUAGCGAGCGGCCGAAGCCGGACGAUUACGACCGGGCGCUGCGCGAGAUGGUGUUUGAGCCGCGCGGUGCCCCCACCGAGAAGCUGAAGUCGAUCGAUCGGGCGGCGGAGGAGCAGAAGCGCCGGGAGGUGGCCGAGCGGGAAAAGCAGCAGCGGAUGCAGCAGCAGGAGGCGCAGACGGUGACGCAGGGCGCUAGCCGGCCGAUUUCGGCCGACGCGCUCGGCGAUGACUAUCUGGUGGAGGGUGCGGGCGAGGAGGAAGCGUACUACGGCGAGCCGGAUGGGGAAGACGUUCGCAACGGAUCGGCGCCGGAUGAGGAGGAGGAGGAUGAAGAGGAGGAAGACGAGGAUGAGGGCGAAGAGUCAGAUUCGAGCGAGGCGGACAGCCUGUCGGACCUGAAGGCGGCAGUGCAGCACAAGGACGACAGUGAGGACGAGUCGGACGCGGAACCGGAACCGGCCAAACAAACUGUAGCGCCCAAAGCAAAGGCCAAGCCGGCGGCCGUUGCGCCCACGUACACGCUACGUAUGGUAGAUGUGCCGCGCGAGUACGAACAGUUCGCCGAGCUGCUGGACGGGCACGAGGGUGACGUGCAGGGGCGGGUCGGUGUGGUCGCGUCCAUGGUGCACACGCUCCGGCAGAAGCCCUUCCUGCACAAAUCGCGCUGGUCGGUGCUGUUCGCGUACGCGCUCAACUACCUCGGCGUGCGGUUUGCGCACGCCACCAGCGCCACGAUUGCGGGCGAGUUCGAGACGCUGCACCUGCUGAUGCCCCUGCUGCACGAUAUCGCGCAAACGGACCCGUCCGGCAUUGGCCGGGUGUUCCACAGCGUGCUCGAGGAGAAGUACGGCGAGUUCCGGAAGCAACCGCGGCGCUAUCCCGGCCUGGCGACGGUCGUGCUGCUCAAGCUGGUCCCUGUCCUGUUCUCGGCGUCCGACCGGCGCCACUCCAUCGUGACGCCGGCGCUCGUGUUCGUGGGGGAAAUUUUGUCCCGCUGCCAGGUGCGCAACCGGCGUGACAUUGCCCGCGGCCUGCUGCUCGUCACGACCGUGCUGGAGUGUGCGGAGCAUUCCAAGCGGUUUCUCCCGUCCGCCGUCGCCUUCCUGACCGGCGUGCUGGGGCAGGCGUGCGCCAAGGACGCCCUGCACCCGCUGACCACCGUCGGGCAGCCGUUUAAGCUCACCAGCCUGCAGCUCAGCGAAGCGGACGUACUGACGGAGGCAGACACCGCCGCGACACAGCUCACCGGGCAGGAUCUGCUUCUCGGGCAGCUAACGCCCUCCUUCAAGGUGCGUGCCAUCGUCUGCACGGUCACGCUGCUCUCCGCCCUCUGCACCCAGCUGGACAGCAAUCCCGCCCUGCCGAUCGUUGCGGCCCACUUUCUGCUCCCGCUGCGCGCUCUCCGUAAAGCGCCGUCCAGCCAGCCGGUGCACACCGCGCUCGACGAAACGAUCGCGCAGCUGUCCGCGCUAGCCGGCCGCACCCUGCCCUACCUGGCACAGGCGAAGCAGAAACCGAAACCGCUGCGGCUGCUCGAGCCGAAGAUUAACCCGGUGUACGAGGACAUCCGGCGCCGGCCGAAGACGGCGGUGCCGGUGCGCGAGCAGCGCCGCAAGCUGCAGCAGAAGAUUAAGAAGGUGACGCGCGGCGCCAAGCGCGAGAUCCGGCUCGACAACGAGUAUCUGGCGAAGCUGCAGCACAAGCGGCGCAUGGAGAGCGACCGCGAGCGGCAGCAGAAGGUGCGCCAGAUCUUCAGCCACGCGUCUCACCAGCAGGCCGAGCUGAAAUCGCUCGACCGGCGGGCCAAGUAUCGGAAGUAAAGGUGCGCGGUUCCGGCCAGCGUUUAGGUUAAUUAAAAUGCUAAGGCUAAGGCUGUUGGGAGACGUGCCUAAAGAGGACGAGCCUAGGAGUCGAAAACUAAAGAGACGAGCAAAAAGUGUUGUACGAAACAUGUGUUAAAUGCGGAAGAUAAAGCUGGGUUCGGAAAAGGAAGCUUGCUUGAAGCGUUCAUCACACGUUGGAAGAAAAGUGUGUAAAAUUUUAAGCAUUUAGAGUUAAGAGAUCUCGCUAGAUGAUGCGGGUUUAGGAGGAGAGCUUAUGAGUAUUUGAACAUUUGUACGAAUUUGCAAUCAGCGAUGUGCUGACAAGAUCGGUAAUAGAUUGUUACCAGUUCGUUUUGUUCGAGACGGCCGGGAAAUCCCUCUCUCUUAAUGUGAGUUUUAAGGUUCCACUGCCAUGUAUAGGUGGUCGCUGUAACGAGAGUGUCGGUAGGAAGAAUAGCGAAUAAAUUUGGCCAAAAUGUUCGAUUAUCAAAGAAAUCA